AUGUGGCAACAACUGGGACUGAUAGUAUUGCUCGGCUUGGCAGCCGUUGAUAACUUCGCGACUGCAGAGCGCGUACGCUACGACAACUAUCACGUCUAUCAAUUGCAACCGAAGACGACAGCACAAUUAGACGUCGUUAAAGAGCUCGACGGUACGAGUGACGCAUUGCUCUUUCUGGACGCAGUACACUAUGUAAAUAACAAAAUUAAUUUGCUUGUGGCGCCAGAACGUGUAGCUGAUCUUUUGGCUGUACUACAACGUGCUGAAGUAACUCAUCAACUGGUCGAGGAGAACGCGCAAAAGAGCUUAGAUUUGGAGGAGGAGCUUGUGGCAGAUCCCAAUCGGCGUGACGGUGAUUAUACUUGGAGGGAAUAUCAUGAGUUGGACGACACAUAUGCCUGGCUGCGUACGCUAACGGAAAAGUAUCCCGAGCAAGUGAGUCUAUUCGUAGCGGGCAAGUCGUAUGAGGCACGUGAAAUACUGGGCGUAAAGAUAUCGUACAGUAGCAGUCGCGCUGAUGAAGCAGCUCGUGCUAUGAAACCCGGCAUUUUUAUCGAAGGCGGCAUGCAUGCGCGCGAAUGGAUCAGUCCGGCUACCACAACAUACAUCAUUAAUCAAUUGCUGACGAGCACUAACGCCGAUGUGCGCAAAGUAGCCGAGAGUUAUGUGUGGUAUUUGGUGCCGCAUAGCAAUCCAGAUGGUUAUGUGUACACGCAUACCACAAAUCGGUUGUGGCGUAAAACACGCACACCAUAUAACAAUUGCUACGGCGCAGAUCCAAAUCGUAAUUGGGAUUUCCAUUGGAAUGAGGUGGGCUCCAGCAAUAACCCCUGUUCGGAUACAUAUGCUGGUCCCAAGGCCUUUUCAGAGAUUGAAACUCGCACUCUAGCCGACUAUAUUAGCACGCUGAAGGGACAAUUAUUUUUGUAUUUGUCCUUCCAUUCGUAUUCACAACUUUUACUCUUUCCUUAUGGACAUACCGGGGAGUUGCCACCAAAUUAUAAGGAUUUGAAGCGCGUUUUUGAUGUCGCUGUUUCCGCGGUUUCGAAACGUUACGGCACCAGAUAUACUGGCGGUAAUGUGUAUGAUGCCAUCUACCCGGCUGCAGGCGCCAGCUUAGAUUGGGCUUAUGGCAAAAUGAAAGUGCCCUACUCAUACUGCUUUGAACUGCGUCCUUCGGGUAAUGCACUAUGGUCUGGUUUCCGUCUACCAGCUGCUCAAAUUAUACCUACUGGUGAAGAGAUAAUGGAUUCCAUGUUGGCUAUGAUCAAGGAGAUUGGUACUUCGUCAAAAAUGUAG